AUGGCCUCCAACUACACUCUCCGUCACAUUCCAGCCGUUCUGGCUAGACGCCAGCCUCGCAUCAUCACCUCUCGCCGCCUCGCCUCAACUUCCGCCCCCCAAACUCAGAACCCCGCCUACCCGCUCUACCCCUCCGUCACCCAACUCCUCCACGAAAAGGGUAUCCCCGACUCCGAAAUCUCCAAGAUCCCCGCCUCCGGUCCCAAGGGCCGCCUCCUCAAGGGCGACGUCCUCGCCUACCUCGGCCUCAUCCCCUCAGACUAUCCCUCCUCGCAAGCCUCGCGCAUCGAGAAGCUCGCCCACCUCGACCUAAGCAACAUCAAGAUCGCGCCGCCUCCCGCGCCCCCUGCCCCAGCUACCCCCGCCGCAGUCGAGGAGCCCGCCGCGAAGCAAAUUCCCACAAUAGACAUAGCCAUCUCGGUCUCGCUGGCUACUGUUCUCUCCGCACAGAAGAAGCUCAAGGACUCCGUCGGCGUCACCGUCCCGCUCUCGACGUUCCUCGCCCGCGCAACGGACCUGGCCAACGACGACCUUCCCCGCUCAGCUACUGCGACACCCUCCGCUGCCGAACUCUUCGAUGAACUCCUCGGCGCGGAGCCCGUCCGCUCCUCGCGCGGCGAAUAUAUUCCCGAGCUGAACGUCCUUGAAGUCGCCGAGACAACCAGCCCCGUCCAAACAGCCAAGGAAGACAUCAUCGACUUCCUCAGCGGAGCGACCAAGAAGACGCCGCGGGCCGUUCAACAGGCCGGCUCUACCUACUCUGGUGACUCCGCGCUCAAUGUAUUCAGCUUGACUGUCCCUGUUAGCGAGGAGAAGCGGGCGCGGACCUUCUUGGAGCGCGUCAAGACGCUUUUGACUGUUGAGCCGGCACGGCUUGUUAUAUAG